ACGGUCAGAGACUGCAGACAUACUACUACAGAAGACGGUCAGAGACUGCAGACAUACUACAGGAGACGGUCAGAGACUGCAGACAUACUACAGGAGACGGUCAGAGACUGCAGACAUACUACAAGAGACGGUCAGAGGCUACAGACAUACUACAGGAGACGGUCAGAGACUGCAGACAUACUACAGAAGAUGGUCAGAGACUGCAGACAUACUACAGGAGACGGUCAGAGACUACAGACAUACUACAGGAGACGGUCAGAGACUGCAGAAAUACUACAGAAGAUGGUCAGAGACUGCAGACAUGAUACAAAAGAUGGUCAGAGACUGCAGACAGGAUACAAAAGAUGGUCAGAGACUGCAGACAUGAUACAAAAGAUGGUCAGAGACUGCAGAUACGAUACAAAAGAUGGUCAAAGACUGCAGAUAUGAUACAAAAGAUGGUUAUAGACUGCAGACAGGAUACAUAAGAUGGUCAAAGACUGCAGACACGAUACAACAGA